UUAGCUGGCAUAGUCACCGUUCUACUCAACUUUUUAGCUUAAAUUAGAAUUCUUCGUUAUCUUUAUAAACGCCGACUGUAUAGGCUUGUGUGUGUAUAUAUAUACAUCGUUACCAAUAUUCUGAUUAGAUUCAGACUCUUUCCCAGAUCCCAUUUCUUUCUGGGUUCUGGUUCUUUUCUCCGUUUUCUCUGUGUGAACCUCUGAAGCGCUGCAACAAUGGUGGACGAGUCUGGGUCCGUGAGGUCCGUAGAGUCCUCAAACGACAAAGAUGAGUGUGUCGUUAAACAAGUGAAUUUAACGGUGCCGAAAACCGAUGACCCAACAAUGCCGGUUCUCACUUUUCGAAUGUGGGUUCUGGGUUUGACUGCAUGUGUGGUUUUGUCGUUUAUCAACCAGUUUUUCUGGUACAGGACUCAACCAUUGAUGAUUACAUCGAUUUCGGCUCAGAUUGCAGUGGUGCCACUUGGUCAUCUCAUGGCUAAGUCUCUUCCCACAAGGCCUAUAUUUCAAGGCACUCCUUUCGAGUUUACGAUGAACCCAGGUCCGUUUAAUAUUAAAGAGCAUGUUUUAAUCACCAUUUUUGCGAAUUCUGGAGCUGGGACUGUUUAUGCGGCUCAUAUAUUGACCGCUGUUAAGCUUUUGUAUAAGAGGAGCCUCACUAUUUUGCCUGCCUUCCUUGUCAUGCUUACCACUCAGGUAUUGGGGUUUGGUUGGGCUGGAAUUUUCAGAAGAUAUCUGGUUGAACCAGGAGAAAUGUGGUGGCCCUCUAAUCUGGUUCAAGUCUCCUUAUUCAGAGCUCUUCAUGAGAAGGACAAAAGAGUUAAAGGUGAAACCACCAGAACCCAGUACUUCAUUCUAGCUUUGGUCUGCAGCUUCGCCUACUACAUCAUUCCAGGCUACUUUUUCUUAAUGUUGACAUCUUUCUCUUGGGUUUGUUGGCUUGCUCCUAAGUCCAUCUUAGUCCAACAACUGGGUUCUGGACUACGAGGCCUUGGUAUUGGUUCUUUUGGGAUUGAUUGGUCCACCAUUUCUUCUUACCUUGGAAGUCCUCUGGCCAGUCCAUGGUUUGCCACUGCAAAUAUUGCAGUUGGAUUUGUCUUAGUAAUGUAUGUGAUGACUCCAAUCACUUAUUAUCUCAAUAUCUACAAUGCCAAGAACUUCCCAAUAUAUUCCAGCUCCCUUUUCAUGUCGAAUGGUACGAAAUACGACAUCUUGAGCAUCAUUGAUAAAAAUUUCCAACUAGAUCGAACUACAUAUGCAAAGACUGGACCUAUAAAUUUGAGCACUUUCUUUGCAAUGACUUAUGGUCUUGGAUUUGCUACUCUUUCUGCUACACUCGUACAUGUUAUACUUUUCAAUGGAAGGGACUUGUGGAAUCAAACCAUGAAGGCUUUUCGUGGCACUAACAAAGUGGAUAUACACUCAAGACUUAUGAAGAGUUAUAAAGCAGUGCCCACGUGGUGGUUUCAUAUUAUUCUUGUGGUAAACAUUGCUCUUAUCAUCUUCGCCUGUGAGUACUAUAAGGAGUCACUCCAGCUGCCAUGGUGGGGAGUAUUGCUUGCUUGUGCCCUUGCAAUUAUAUUCACUCUUCCUAUUGGUAUCAUCCAAGCAACUACAAACCAGCAACCUGGCUUGAAUGUCAUUACAGAGUACGUAAUUGGGUACUUGUAUCCAGAAUACCCUGUUGCGAACAUGUGCUUCAAGGUCUAUGGGUACAUCAGUAUGGCUCAAGCACUAAGCUUUCUAGCCGAUUUCAAGCUUGGACAUUACAUGAAGAUUCCACCAAGAUCAAUGUUCAUGGCACAGGUUGUGGGAACUAUUGUAUCUGUGAUAGUAUACACAGCAACAGCAUGGUGGCUGAUGGGGUACAUACCCAACCUCUGUGAUACCUCCAUGCUGCCGAGUGACAGCCCUUGGACUUGUCCAAUGGACCGAGUUUUCUAUGAUGCAUCUGUCAUUUGGGGGCUUGUUGGACCACGGAGGAUCUUUGGGGACCUUGGAGAGUAUGGCAUGGUGAACUGGUUCUUCCUUGUUGGGGCCAUUGCCCCACUACUAGUCUGGAUUGCACACAAGGCUUUUCCACAACACGAAUGGAUUCGGCUCAUUCACAUGCCGGUCUUACUGGGUUCCACAUCAAUGAUGCCUCCAGCUUCUGCAGUCAACUUCACUAGUUGGAUCUUUGUUGGGUUUCUCUCUGGCUAUGUGGUUUACAGGUACUAUCCGCGAUUGUGGCAGAGGUCGAACUAUGUCCUUUCUGGUGGUCUGGAUGCUGGAACAGCUUUCAUGACAAUAUUGAUAUUCCUUUGUCUGGGAUCUCGAAACAUUAGUCUCAACUGGUGGGGAAACGACCCAGAGGGCUGUCCUUUGGCUGCUUGCCCAACUGCCAAAGGGAUUGUUAUGGAAGAUUGUCCAGCAUUCUGAUGAUCUUGGUGCUAACUUUUUUUUUUUUUACUUAAGACUUAGACUAUGAUAUUUUUAUUUUCCACGGCUGUAAAUAGUUUCAAGCAUUACUUACCAUAUCUGUGAACUGUUGAUUAGUUCUCUAUCCAAUUUGUUAUUAUCAAAA